CACGUUUUUGUCUUUUUAUAUUUCCCCUUUCUCAAAGCAACCUAUCUUGUCUGGCCACAAGACUCAACUUAUAUUCACAACCUAGCAUUUUGAAAAAGGACUCAUGUUUGUAGUUAAAAGAGACGGUAGAACUGAAAAAGUUCACUUCGACAAGAUUUCUUCAAGAAUCUCAAGAUUGGCCUCUGGUCUUGACGAAAGAUACGUCGACCCUGCAAAAAUUGCUCAAAAGGUCGUCACUGGCAUGUAUCAAGGCAUCACAACUAUAGAACUCGAUAACUUGACAGCUGAGACAGCAGCUUACUUGACCACAACACAUCCUGACUAUGCUAUUCUGGCUGCUCGCAUUGCCGUCUCCAACCUUCACAAGGAGACCGAUGAAGACUUUAGUACUGUAGUUGAAAAGCUCUACAAUUACAUUCACCCUAUCCAAAAUUGCCAAGUUCCUUUGGUUUCAAAGGAUAUGUAUGACGUUACCAUGGCUAACGCGGAGAGAAUCAACAAGGCUAUUGAUUAUGAGCGUGACUACGACUACAAUUUUUUCGGUUUCAAGACAUUGGAAAAAAGCUACCUCAUGCGCUGCAACAGCAAGGUUGUCGAACGGCCACAACAUUUGCUUAUGCGCGUUGCGUUAGGUAUUCACGGUAGCAAUAUUGAUGCUGCCAUAGAGACCUACGACCUCAUGUCCAAGCGUUACUUCACUCACGCAACUCCCACUAUGUUCAACGCUGGUACCCCCAAACCACAAAUGUCCAGUUGUUUCCUUGUUCAGAUGAAGGACGAUAGCAUUGAAGGCAUUUACGAUACUCUGACCACGUGUGCUCGCAUCUCCAAAUCAUCUGGUGGAGUUGGUGUCAGUUUCCAAAAGAUUCGUGCUUCUGGCUCUUACAUCGCUGGUACCAAUGGUACUUCCAACGGAAUCGUCCCUAUGCUUCGCGUAUUCAAUGAUACCGCACGUUUCGUCAAUCAAGGAGGUGGCAAACGCAACGGCAGUUUUGCAAUGUACACUGAGCCUUGGCACUCUGACAUUUUUGAUUUCCUUGAUUUGCGCAAAAAUUCUGGCAAAGAAGAACUUCGUGCCAGAGAUUUGUUCCUUGGCUUGUGGAUUCCUGACUUGUUCAUGAAGAGAGUCAAAGCGAACGAGGAUUGGUCACUAUUCUGUCCAAAUGAAGCUGUAGGAUUGUGUGAUACCUAUGGCAAGGAGUUUGAAGAACUCUAUGAAAAAUACGAGCGUCAAGGUAAAGCUAGAAAGGUAAUUCCUGCUCAAAAGCUUUGGUUCUCCAUCUUGGACGCUCAAAUUGAAACUGGUAUGCCCUACAUUCUCUACAAAGAUGCUUGCAAUGAAAAAUCCAAUCAGAAAAAUCUCGGCACCAUCACCAGUUCAAAUCUGUGCACUGAAAUUAUCGAGUACACUGCCCCUGAUGAAGUUGCUGUCUGCAAUUUGGCCUCGCUUGCCCUUCCCAAGUUUGUCAAUCUAGAAACAAAGACCUUUGAUUUUGAAACGCUACACUCCAUUGCUAAGGUUGUUGCCAAGAACUUGAACAAAGUCAUCGAUGCCAACUAUUACCCUGUUCCUGAAGCUAGAAACAGCAAUAUGCGCCACAGACCUGUUGGUCUUGGUGUCCAAGGUCUUGCCGAUGCCUUCCUCCUGCUCCGUUACCCUUUCGACUCGCCCGAAGCUAAGCAGUUGAACAAAGAUAUUUUCGAGACAAUUUAUCACGCUGCCUUGGAGUCUUCCUGUGAGAUCGCUGCUGUAGAUGGACCAUACCAAACUUAUCAAGGUUCUCCCGUCAGCCAAGGUAUCCUGCAGCCUGACAUGUGGGGAGUCAAGCCUUCUGAUCGCUGGGACUGGGACACCUUGAGACAAAAUAUUGCUAAGCACGGUGUCCGCAACUCCUUGUUGGUAGCACCUAUGCCCACUGCCAGCACCAGUCAGAUUUUGGGUAACAAUGAAUGCUUCGAGCCCUAUACAAGCAAUAUUUACACUCGUCGUGUCAUGAGUGGUGAAUUCCAAGUUGUUAACCAACAUUUGCUGAAGGACUUGAUUGAGAGAGGCCUCUGGAACGACAACAUCAAAAACAUGAUCAUUGCUCACAACGGCAGCGUUCAACAAGUACCCGAUAUCCCAGAGGAUCUCAAGAAGCUAUACAAAACCGUCUGGGAAUUGUCACAGAGAGUUAUCAUUGACAUGGCAGCCGACCGUGGUGCUUUUGUUGACCAAUCUCAGUCCCUCAACCUAUUCAUAGCCGAACCUACCAAUGGUAAAUUGACAUCCAUGCAUUUCUACUCUUGGCAAAAGGGUCUCAAGACCGGCAUGUAUUAUCUUCGAUCCCGACCUGCUGUAGAUGCUAUUAAGUUCACUGUUGAUCAAAACGCGCUCAAAAACCUUAACGUUGCCGAGCGAAAGACGAAUGAAGAAAACUUGGCCGCUAUGCAAUGCUCACUGGACAACCGAGAAGCUUGCAUGAGCUGCAGCGGAUAAAUUGUCUUCACACCAAUUAUUCACUAUUUCUUCAUCAUUUUGUAUUUGAAUUAACCUAUCCUUAUCAGCAUUUCUUCUCACUAGUUCUUCCCUUUGUGAAAUAUAAACUACAUAAAAAUCCAUUGAUUCGUAACCUGC